CACGCCGAGUAAGUCGAACGCGCAUGUUGUGUGUUGCCCACUCGUCGAGCGGCCAUGUACCGUUAACUCGAAUUCAUUUCACCAGAGUUGGACGGAAAAGCAAGUCCCGCUUCUUACCUACCAACCGAUCGGGAGAGAGUCGAUCGUGCACGAUCGGGCACAACUCAUUGUAAAAGCCGGAAACUUGCGUGCGUGUAAUUCGUGUUCACCUAACCAAGUUUCACUCGGGACGUGGCUUAUGCUCCCGAUAGAAACGACGAUACGAAUCGAAAAGUACUAAUCUCUUUUCUCACUCUCUCCUCUCUCUCUGUCUCUUUCUCUCUCUCUCUCUCUCUCUCUCUCUCUCUCCUGUGUGUGUAAUUGUGUCGUGCUAUCAUCCUCGUUCUGAACUCUGUUUUUUGGUUUCUUUCGUUCGUUCUCGCUCGCUCGCUCUCUCACUCUUUCUCUUUUUCUUUCUCUUUCUUUCUCUUUCUUAUUCGCGCAAAUUUUAUCCGAGAAGUCGCACAAAGUCUCAAAUCGAGUCAAGUCGAGUCGUUUGUUCGGACGCGCGUUUCGUAUGACGUGUGCACAGUGAAUAGCAGCACCAGCACCACCACUAGCAUUGGAAACAGCAGGAGCAGCAGCAGCAGCAACGGUGGCGACGACGGUGGUGGUGGCGGUAGUAGUAGUAGUGUAGUAAUAGUAACAGCGACGACAACGACAAACGACGCUACUAGGUACGACGGGCAACCAAGAGCGAGCGUAGAAAUGAGAAAGUCCACGUCGCUGUCGCGUUUUACGCGCUGAGGAGAUCGAGAACACAAGAAGCAAGAAAAGAACAGAGCAGAACAGAACAGAAUAGAACGGCUAAGAGGCGCGUACGUGCGACGAACGAACGAACGAACGGACGGACGGACGAACGGACGUACGUACGGUCGGUCGGUCGGUCGGUCGGUCGGUCGGUCGCUAGCAGGCUGGCUGGUUUGCUUGCUUGCUUGCUUGGUUGCUUGCUUGCUUAUUCGUUCAGACAAUCUUGAGAAACUUGUGUCGGAACACAGGGACAUUGAUCGUUGUCCAUUGAACGUUGAAGAUUAAGGAAGAAAGACGGCGGAGAAGAAGAAGAAAAGAAGAAUCCGCCAAGGAGGCGCGCGCGCUCUCUUUCUCUGAUAUUCCUUUGGGCGUAAGAUCGAUAAAAGAUGAAUUUCACGCCUUUUCCUGGCUUUACUACAGGCUCGUUGCCGACAGGCACGGUUCAUCAAUUCGCGACAGCCAAAUUCGCACAAAAUUUGACUACUGGUGGUCAGGUCGUUGGUGUUUUAUCAGGUGGAGAGGGUGGUGUUCAUUACUUGAGACCAGUUGAUCCUAACGGUUUUGCUGUGGCUCAAGGAGGCAAUAAUCAACAGCAGCAAAUAAUUACGCUGCCUAUAACCGUACCUGGAAAAGAUGGCACGCAACAACAACAAACUGUCCAGAUUCAAGUGGUUAAUCCCAGUGUUUCUCAAAGUGGAAACAGUGGGGACCAACCAAAAUAUCAUUUGGCGCCAAUUUCAUUGGGACAGUUUCCCCAAGGUGCAGCAACUGUUCUUACUGUCGCCUAUAGUCAACAGGGAACAGAUGGUGUUCAAAUUCAAGUUCAGCCACAAAAUACGGUUGCAACGACGCAAACGUCGGAUCAAACAACACAGAGUACUUCGGUUGCUGUAACUACCACAUCGCAACAGACGAUUCAGCAAACUGUACAACUUCCGGGAGCACCAGAGGGAUUGACUGUGGUUGCACAAAUACCACAAGAUUUGAUCUUAAGAGAAGGAAUGGAAGAGUCUAAGGAGGAUGUGAAAGAAGGCACAACUCCAGUUGCUCUUAUUAAAAGAGGAAGUGUGAAAAAUCAAGGAAAUCAAAGUAAUGAAGAGUUCAUUACUUCAAUGCCUGCGGGUUGGCAAAGUUUGGCAACCCCAGGUUCCACGGUUGCUGAUUAUCUUUCAAGGCUUCCCGCCAGUACUUUGCCACUUGGUUUACAACACUUCCUUAAAUUUUCAGCAGAAACAAUAAAGAGAGAAGCCACCAUAGAAUCGAGUCCUUUAGGCGCUGACGGUCUAGACGCUUCAGGAAGUAUGACAUCCGGGGAACAAGCUGUACAGAUUACAGUAGCCGGUGGUGAGACUAUUAUUCCUGACGUUGUUGAGGAACAAGAACCGGGAACAAAACCCAAAAGAAAAAAGAAAUACAAGAAAAAACCUCCAAAGCCAAAAAAACCGAAGCCUGGUCAAGUUAGUAUUGUUACUGCCUUAGACGGUACCACACUAUUCUGCUGCCCUCAAUGUAAUAUGGCUUACCCGGAGAAAGAACUUUUAGAACAACAUCUUAUCGGUCAUAAAAUAGAAAGGAGGUUUAUUUGCGAUAUUUGCGGGGCUGGUUUAAAACGUAAAGAGCAUUUAGAACGACACAAACUUGGUCAUAAUCCUGACAGACCAUUUAUUUGCUCCGUUUGUAUGAAAGGUUUUAAACGAAAAGAACAUCUUAAUCUUCAUUUUGUUAUACACUCUGGACAAAAGACCGAAGUGUGUACCGAAUGUGGAAAGGCGUUCUAUAGAAAGGAUCAUUUAAGAAAACAUGCAAGAUCACAUCUUGCCAAACGUGCUAAAGAAGAUCCAUUAAAUACGACUGAUACUUCGCAAAAUCAACAACAAGUAGAACAGACACAACCACAAACAGAACAGUUACAGCAACAAUCUUCUGUACCGGAGCUUCAACAAAUUCAAAUACAAGUAGGGCAAGGUUCACAAGCUCAGAUACAUCAAAUUUCUGUCAGCGAACAAUCUACUGUUGUGCUACCAACCGCCGCUGAAACGGGUGCAAUGGCGAUGUUACACCAUCAACAGCAGCAGCAGCAACAACAACAACAGCAGCAGCAGCAGCAGCAACAGCAGCAACAACAACAACAGCAACAGCAACCUCAACAACAGCAACCUCAACAACAGCAACAGCAUUAGCAGCAGCAUACCGCCCCUAGUCAAGCCGGGCGGUACUACAGAUUUAAUCAUCAACAGGCCAGAGGUCGUGUAAGACAAGGCGUACUUGCCGAUUGAAUUCUAUUGAAAUCCUUUAAUUGAUAUCAUGCAAGAAAUUUUGUUGAUGAUGGUCAUUGUUGCCUAGUAGUGAUUACAUUUAAAAAAUAUCAGCUUGGACCUUUAAUCGCGUUGUGGCUAGGCCGGAAUAAUUUAUAUUUACUAUCAUCUUUUAAAGCGCACCGAGCUGAAUGACGAACAAAGUUCGUAUAUACAGAGUUUCUUUUUUGCGUACACGUUGUAGCGUACGUGUAAAGAUACGAAUGAAUUUAUUCGUACAAUGUAAAAUGUUUUCGUCGCCAAUCCAGUUCCAUGACGCACGUUAGAUAUAAAUGAAGAAAUUUAUAUAUAAAUAUAUGAAUAUAUAUAUAUACACACUUAUAUAAAUAGAUAAAAAAAAUAUAUUUUUGAAAGCGCGAACUGGAUUCGCCGAAGGACACAAGGCAAUCGAGUUUGAAGCUGAGAUAUUAUUUCUCUUCAAUAAAUGAAGUAAUGAGAAGAAAUAAAAAAAAUAAUAAAAAAACGAAAAAAAAAAAAAAUAAAAAAAAAAUAAAAAAAAACAUUGUAAAUACAACAGUCUUUCAUCCCUAAACGGAGGAUUACUGUGACGUGCAAAUAUCAAGUGAGUCGUUUUAUUUAUUUUGCUUAUACUACACACGAUCCGAGGCAUAGUAGUAAAAGAGUGUUUUGAUAAAUCAUUCAAUUUCAAUUAGUAUUAUGUAGAGAAUAUUAUUAGAGUUGCAAAGCAUAAAGAAAAAUGUAGUCACACAUUACAUUUAUAAACUAAUGACAAGGAUCAGUGUAUAUUUUUACAAUGACAGUGGUGUGCGAACCACCUAAUAUAUUAACGUCAUUCGUCACAUCAUAUGAAUCGAUAGAAAAGGUUAUGAGAUAAUUGCAUGUAGACAUUAUAUUCAAGCAGAAUAUUUUGCAGAAACAUACAUACAUCAUUUGCCAUUCUUAUAAAUAAUAUAUGUUAUUAUCAGACUAUUUAAAAGUUGAUCGCUGUACAUUUUAUUUCAUUUCUACAGCUUCUCCAGUGCAUUUAUAUUAUAGAAGUAUGUAUCGAAAAGACAACAUCUACAUUCCGCAAUUAUUUCAUAAUCCCAGAUUUAUCAUUAAUCUUUUUAUCAUAAUUGCUUUGCUUUUGUUAAAUGAACCAUCUGUACAAUUUUUAUACGGAGAUUCUAGAAUACUUUUCUCUAUGUUGAUCAUAUCUAGAACCAGAACCUCCAGUGUUGUAACUUGUAUGGUGAAAGUACGAUGAGAUGUUGUUGAAAAAUAAUCAUUUAGAUUGAUCGAACAUGAAUGACUCGGAAAGUUGUUGAGUAAGAGUGUAUGUAUAAUAAAAAAAAAUCUCUUUAUUGUAAGUAUAACAUUACAGGCAGUGGGUAUAGCUGUACAAGAAAUAUAAUUAUUAUUUUAUUAUUAUUAUUAUAUCACAUAGCUAUUAUUAUCGUAGCCAAUAUUGAUAGUCUAUAAGUCAUUUUCAUUGUUACUUACAUAAAUAUUGGAGGAGAAAGCUGAAAUAAAACAUACAUUUAAUACAAAAGAA